AUGGCCCGUCGCCCAGCGAGAUGUUACAGAUACUGUAAGAACAAGCCUUACCCAAAGUCCCGUUUCAACCGUGGUGUUCCCGACCCAAAGAUUCGUAUCUUCGAUCUCGGUCGUAAGAAGGCAAAUGUCGAUGAGUUCCCUCUCUGCAUUCACUUGGUCUCCAACGAGUAUGAACAAUUGAGUUCCGAGGCUUUGGAAGCCGCCCGUAUUUGCGCCAACAAGUACAUGGUUAAGUCCGCAGGAAAGGAAUCUUUCCAUCUCCGUGUCCGUGCUCACCCAUACCACGUCGUCCGUAUCAACAAGAUGUUGUCUUGUGCUGGUGCCGAUAGAUUGCAAACUGGUAUGCGUGGUGCUUGGGGUAAGCCAAACGGAACUGUCGCCCGUGUCAACAUUGGUCAAAUUAUCUUGUCCAUCAGAACUCGUGACUCUUUCCGCCCCAACGCUCUCGAGGCCCUCCGCAGAUCCCAAUACAAGUUCCCAGGUCGCCAAAAGAUUAUUGUUUCCAAGAACUGGGGUUUCACUCCUCUCCGUCGUGAGGAAUAUAUGGAGAAGAAGCAAAGUGGAAAGGUUUUGGUCGAUGGUGCAUAUGUUCAAUUCUUGUCCAACCACGGCAAGUUGGCCGAUAACAUCAGACGUUUCCCAGCUGCUUUCGAGACUGAGGCAUAA